CCGAAUUUGUUAUUUGAUCAACAGAAAAAUUAGCAUCGUUAUUCACGGAUUUUCAAAAAAAAUGGGUCUGCGAUCCCUGUUCUCGAAGAAGAAGAAAUCGACCGCCGCCGCUUCCACCGGCGGCGCCACUCCUUCCCCGGAGGAAUCAGCCCCUCCGAUGCUCCGCGCGCUCUCCAUCUCCUCCUCACGCCUCCAAAUCGCCGAGAUGGAACAAGUCUUUGCCAAAUUCGACGCCAACAGCGACGGCAAGAUAUCCGCCUCGGAGCUCGGAUCCAUCCUCACGUCCCUAGGCGCCACCGCGACGGAGCAGGACCUGGAGGAUUUGAUCAAGGAGGUGGACCGUGACGGCGACGGCCACAUCGAUCUCCAGGAAUUCAUCGAACUCAACACCAAGGACGUCGAUCCGGAGGAGAUCAUGGCGAAUCUCAAGGAGGCGUUCUCUGUUUACGAUAUCAAUCGGGACGGGACUAUUACGGCGGAGGAACUGCAUCAGGUGAUGGGAAGCCUGGGCGAAGGCUGCUCGAUGGCGGAAUGUAGGAAGAUGAUUAACGGCGUUGAUUCCAACGGAGAUGGGAUGAUUAGCUUCGAUGAAUUCAAGGUCAUGAUGAUGGCUGGUCUCGCCUGAGCCAGAGAUUAUCCAAAUACUGGUAAUAAUUUGUUGAAAUUUCAAUUUUGAACACAUUGAAAUUGAUUUUUAGGGUUUUGGGAUCUUCAUACCAUUCAGAUGUUUAACAUUGAUUGGUUAGUAUUUGUAAAUGCUAGUUAAUUCAUCAAUAGUUUUUGUUUGUUCAAUCCGCAGAACUAUUUUGGGGACUAAUUGAAUCAUGUUAAAGAAAUAUACGGAGUAAUUAAAUGGGUUCAUGCUAU